AUGUGUUCGUCUUUGUCUGGUCUUCCAGGGAGCAACCUGGUGUGCACGGCGCUGUGGUUGGCCCUCAAACGACUGUCUGCAAUGUGGACCAAGCCUGGCCAGAGGUUCUACAUCAAGCGUCUCCACCUUCAGCUCGAUAACUGCGUCGGCGAAAACAAGAACAACAUCGUCCUGGCCUUCAUUGGCGGAUUGGUCGCCGCCGGGGUGAUCGGUUCUGCAGAGGUCUGCUUCCUGAUCGUUGGACACACGCACAUCAAAAUCGACCAAGUGUUUUCUCGGUUCUCCGUGGGUACCCUCGGUCGAAGCAUCUUCACGAGGAGUCAACUUGGUGAGCUAUUCCGGGAGUCGUACAAGGAACUUCCGGUACACGUAGGGACUCUGACCAACCUCGGCAACUUCAAGGGGCUCUACCUCGACGACAACAAGCUCAANCUCCCACUCAAACCUACAGGGACUCUGACCAACCUCGGCAACUUCAAGGGGCUCUACCUCGACGACAACAAGCUCAACCUUCGGAAGAUCCGGAACAUCACCACGUUUCGGGCCUUCCGAGUGGGGAAGGUAGCAGGGGAGGUUUCCGUGUGGGCCAAGCGCUUCAUGCACAGCGAUGCCUGGCUUGGUCUGACAGCGACCGGCGGGGCCCAGGUCGACGCCAACCCACACCGUCUCUUCCGGUUCGCUGCGCCGACUUUCGACAACGUGCCUCCUUUUGAGCUCAAGACGGUCGACCCCACCGUGAUCGCCCUCAUCGAGAAGCGCUACAUCGCGACGCGGCCCCGCCUAGAGGCUGCUUACGCACUAGCUCCUGACGGUGUGGUCGACGCUCUAUUGGCUGAGCAGAGCGACUCGCUGAAGUUGUUGCGCUCCGGAGGAACGAUCAACAACUUCGACCUCCCAAUGGAAUGGCUCCACACGGCGAUCCCGCCAGCGCCUUUGCCUCCCUCUGCGGGCGCGACCGCGGACGGAGUGGACAACACACCCUCUCGGGCGAACGGGGUGUCAGAGCCCUCUAAGAGAAAGGUCUUAAACCCAGUGCGUCCAACGUCGCUAACACCACCCAGCGUUGGCGACAUCGCAUUCUUCAAGGCGGAGGAAGCUCCGUUUGUGCUGGGGGAGGUGCUGAGCAUAGCUGCAGACGCCUCGCCGGUGAACGUCAACAUCCACUGGUAUGGGCCUAUCAACAAUACCGUUAGGGCGGGAGCGGGCAGCGCGACUGUCGAGGACUAUGCCGUGGCGCGUUUCAGCAAGGAUUUCAUCCUAACGAGCGGCGCGAGCGCAGAACGCCCGAUGCCAGCGACGAGCCUAUCACACGCAUUAUCGCANAAACACCACCCAGCGUUGGCGACAUCGCAUUCUUCAAGGCGGAGCAAGCUCCGCUUGUGCUGGGGGAGGUGGUGA